GAAUUGAAGUUUCCAGAAACAAGGGCAAAAAAAUUGGCGGUCUGACGGGCCUAGUCCUUACCCGGUUUAGGUCGGCUCCUGCUUGCCUCCUCCCGCUCCCUGUACUCUGUAGCAUAAAUUCCUCAUCCCAUUCGAUCAAUUACCUGCUAUUUCUCACGAAAUUUCUUGUUUAAGCCCUUUACCCUACUUCAAAGCUCCCUUUCUCUCCAGGAUCUAUUGGUGAUUAAGAUUGAAGUCAUUACCUUUUACUUACAGUUUAAUUUAUGGGUGAUAUCACGGAUGAUGUAUCAUUGUUGGGUAUCCCUGUGCCAGUUGAUGUCCUCCAGCCAUUAUUAACUGCUGCGAGCUCAUCUUCUUUGAAAGAAACCCUAGAAAUUCUUGUAGAAUCUUCUAGAACUGGAGUUGGCCGCUCUGACCUUGCUUCCAAGAAUAUCCUUCCAACAGUCCUUCGGCUUAUUCAAUCUAUCUGCUAUGCCUCUUGUCGUCAAUAUCUUUUACUAUCAUUGAAGCUCCUUAGAAACCUCUGUGCUGGAGAUAUUACCAAUCAGAAUUUGUUUAUUGAGUGCAAUGGAGUUGGAGUUGUUUUAACAAUUCUGAGGUUUACAGGACUUGAUUCGGGUGCAGAUUGCGGGAUCGUUCGUAUGGCUUUACAGGUUUUGGCAAAUGUUUCGUUGGCUGGUGAAAGACAUCAGCGAGCUAUUUGGAGUCUGUUCUUUCCAAAUGAGUUUGUUACUCUUGCUAAAGUACGAAGCCAGGAGACUUGUGAUCCAUUGUGUAUGGUUAUAUAUGUGUGUUGUGAUGGCAGUGCUGGAUUGUUUCAGGAGUUAUGUGAAGAAAAAGGGUUUGCUAUUAUGACAGAAAUUUUGGUCACAGCUUCUUCAGUUGGGUUUAAAGAAGAUUGGUUGAAGUUACUUGUUUCAAGAAUAUGUGUUGAAGAAAUACAUUUUCCUCUAUUUUUCUCCAACCUAUACCAAGUCAGUGCCCCUGUGCAACUUGAAGAUCCUAACUUAAUAGAUAAUACCUUUUCUACAGAGCAAGCUUUUCUUCUGAGAAUUGUAUCGGAGAUAGUGAAUGAACGAAUUGAAGAAAUCAUUAUUCCCAUUGACUUCGCAUUAAGUGUUCUAGAAAUAUUUAAGAGAUCUAUUAGGGCUGUCGAUUUUUCCUCAAAGGGCAAGUUCAGUCUUCCAACGCCCUCUUCUGCAAUCAAUGUUCUUGGAUACUCGCUCACAAUUUUGAGAGAUAUCUGCUCAUUGGAGGGAUCUGCAGGUUCUAGUUCUGAGGGUUCUAUUGAUGUUGUUGAUACACUAAAAUCCUCUGGACUCAUUGAAUUGCUCUUAUGUUUACUUUGUGACCUCGAGCCUCCAGCAAUAAUCAGGAAAGCUAUGAGACUGAGUGAGAAUCAAGAUGGGACUAACUCACACUCCUACAAGACCUGCCCCUACAUGGGAUUCCGGAGAGACAUUGUUGCUGUAAUUGGCAAUUGUGCAUAUCGAAGAAAGCAUAUACAAGAUGAAAUUAGAGAGAGAAAUGGGGUUCUAUUGCUACUACAGCAGUGUGUUACUGAUGAAGAUAACCCAUUUCUAAGGGAGUGGGGCAUUUGGUCGGUUAGGAAUUUAUUGGAAGGCAAUGCAGAAAACCAACAAGCAGUAAUAGAUUUGGAGCUUCAAGGGUCUGUUGAAGUGCCUGAACUUGCUGGACUUGGUCUCAAAGUGGAGGUGGAUCAGAAAACACGACGUGCAAAGCUUGUAAAUAUUUCAUCAAAGAAGUUCAAAGAAUAAUUUUCCUUCUUUCAGGCUAAUUAGAUGAUUUAUACCGAUCUCCAUUACACCUCCUACAUUAAUUUGAUGGUUGCUUGGUUUUCAUUUUCAA